AAUUUCUCCAAUCUUCUCCACCUCUAACACAAGACAACCUUACAUCUUCUUGUUAACCCAAGUAGGGUGGAGCUAUCUAGAGUUUCAUUGAAAACAAGGAAGUCCGACAAUGUCGACGAUCACUUCUUGCACCCUUCUGAGCCUCGGAUCGGCAGCGUGGCCGGCAGUCUAUUCCGCCGGGAGACCAUCACCGGUGGCGGUGGCUUCCCUUUCUUCCCAGAGGAGGCCCCGGCCCCUUUCUGUGUGUUGUGCGACGAGCCAGAAAGGGGAUCACAACCCAAAGACGGAUUUGCAUCCAUUUAACAUCCCUGCCUUCGUUCUGGUGCACCCGGUGCCACCACGCGAGGAACGGUGGCAGCUAGAAGAGGACGCCGAGAAGGUGAACCUGUGGUUCGAGGUGCCUGGGCAGUCCCAAUAUGACCUCGCCGUGGAGAUCGACGAGGACGUGCUCGUCAUCAAGAAGAAGGUCCAUGUCGUCGGUGGGGACGUGGGCCAGAGGAGCCCUGGCGGCGGCGGCGGCGUCAACGAUUAUGCUCCCCAGAGCAGAAAGGGCGGCGCGGCGCCAGAAGCUAGCAAGGAGGCCGCACAGCAGGGCGGCGAGGUGAUCUACGCCCGGAUGCUGCUCCCGGCGGGGUACAGCAGGGAGGGCGUGGAGGCGGAGCUCAAGUCCGGCGUGCUUAGGGUCACUGUCGCCAAGAUCAAGGAGCGGGCGCGCAGGAAGAUCGACGUCGGCAUUCUAGUCAAGUAGGAGCAUGCAUGCAUGAACUGAAAGAGUGCUUUUGAUUUGUGCGAUGUCCGGCAGGCUACUGCGGUUCGACCGCGAUCUGGUCACGUACUCGAUCGCGUUGACCAUAUAUAUGUUGGUGGCUUUGUGUACCCAAGUACACGAUCAAUAAAAAUAAGCAUCCGAUCGAUGUUCUUUCUUCACGCAAA